AUGAAAAAAACUCAAAUUAACCAGACCAAUAUGCGAAAGGGAGAAGAAAAUAAUAUUUUAUUAAAAUUAAACGACAAUCCAAUUUCAAAACAGUUAAAAUAUAAAAUAACUCCUGAAUAUUUUUUGUUAAAUAGAAAAGAUGAAAAUGAUAAAUAUUAUAUGUUAAAAAAACCAAAUUUCACUGAAAAUAAAAGACACUCACUGAAUAUUAAUCACACAAAAAUCAUAUUGUGCGAGAAGAUAAAAAAUAGAUCCAAUUCUUUAAAUUAUGGAAAUGGUUAUAGUAAUAUUGAAAGACGGGGUAACAACAAUAUAUCCUAUUUAAUGAAGCACAAUAUUCCUUUAAAAAAUUGUCACAAAAAUAAAGACGAAAAAAAUUGUGCUCAUCUACAAAUGAUGAAAAGUGAAAAUAAAGACCAAAUAAAAAAUGAGCCCAAUAAAAAUUUUGGUAUUUUCUCUACUUUAUUAAAUAAAAAAUUUAUUUAUAAUGAUAAAAAAAAUCAAAUUUUUGUUCCAAAAAAGAAAAAAGGAAAGAGGGGAAAGGAGCAUUAUAAAAGUAAUUUUGCAAAAACAAAGAUUGUAAACUUAUUGAAAAAUUCUUCAAGAAAACUUCUUGGAUCUGGUGAAAAGGUGAAUAUUCUGAAAUUUUUAUUUUUGAAAAUAAAAAAAAAAAAUGAUCAAAUUAUAAAUAAAAAUAAUGAUUUAUCAAUUAAUUUAAAAAAAAAUGUCGCAACUGAUUCUUAUUCCCCACAUAAGGACAGUUCUAUUCCUUUGAAAGAUAAAGAAGAUAAGGAUGGCGGAAAAAAUGGACGGAAUUCAUUUUUAAAAAGUUAUAAUGAGCACAAACGACAUUCAAAGAAUAAGAUAAAAAUGAUUUCCAAUUUGUUAAUAGAUGUUAAUACAAAAAGUUGUAGAGAAAAUUAUAACAAUGCAAAGGGAAGGAUGGAAUUCGUUUCAAAAAUAACUGAAAAGGAAUAUGACAGUAAAAAAGUAGGUUCUAAAAUUAGGGAAAAAUAUUUUUCACAUAAAGAUAAUAAAAAGACAGAAUAUUAUGAGUAUGGCCUGAUAUAUGAUGAAAAACAUACAGAAAUGAAUAGAAUACCUUUUACCAGUCAAACAAAAAAAAAGCAUAUUAAACCAGAAGACAUUGUAAGCAUUAAUAAAAUAAAAAAGAAUAAUUCAAAAAAUAAUAUUGAAAAUAAUGAUAAUUCAAAUUAUAGUCGUGGUUUAUUGGAAUAUUGCUUAUUAGGCAUUAAUAUUAAAAGAGAUGAUUUUUUGAAUAAAAGUAAAAGAAAUUUAUCUGAAAUGAUAUCAAUUAAAAGAAAUAACAAUUAUAUAAAUUCAUAUGGUGAUAAUAAGGGAAAAAGUUGGGAAUUUGUUAAAAAAGAGAGACCUAGAAAAAGUGAUAAUAGUCAUAUAGGUAGCAAAAAUGACCACAAAGAUUUUGUAUAUCAUGGAAAUAUAAUUUUAAAAAAAAUCCCAAAAUUAAAAAAUGAUGUGAAAAAUGUGCACCCCAAUGAAGAAUGUAACACACAAUCCCAUAAAAAAUAUAAUAGAAAAAACGAAUUAAAACUUUUUAAGUACAAAAUGAAUAAAGAAAAAAUAAAUAAACCGGCUAAAAUAUAUAAAACGGAUGAAUUACAUGAAAAUAUAGACAAUAACAAGAGACGUACAAAUUUUAUAGAUGAAGAAAAUGACAAAAAAUGGAAUUACUUCAGCUGGUUAGGAGAGGAGAAAAAAGAUAGCAUAAGUCGUAGAAGAUCUAAUAAUUAUAUCGAUGCUUUAGAUUAUAAAAGAGACGGUGAAAAACUGAAAUAUUACAAUAAAAAAGAUGCAUUAGAUAAUAGCAUAAAGAGCAAAUGUGAAUCUUAUUCAGAUUCCAAUUUUACAUAUCAAACCAAAGUAAGGAAACAGAGAAAAGAUGUAUUUGAAUAUAUAUAUGAAAAAAACAAAAACAGAAGUGAAAACAAAAAAGGUUUAAAUAAAAAUGGAACUCAAUCAGAAAAGGUUAAAAAAAAACCUAUAUACCCCAUUAGUUUAAGCAUAAAUAAAUGUCUUGAAGGUGCUAUAAGAACAAAAAGCAAUGCAACAAAAGAUGUGAACAAAAAAUAUUUUUUUGAAAAAAACAAAAUGAAAACACAAAAUUUUAUAAACAAAGAUGAACUAUUUGAUACGUGUAUAAAAAAUGAAGAAAAAAAGAGCGGCAAAGACAUAAUGAAAAACGAUAAUUUUGUAAAAACCCAUAAUUUAAUUAGGCCAUAUAAACUGCUAAAUAUAAAUAUUAAAGACAAAACUGAAAAUGAUAUACGAAAAGACGAAAUAAUAAUACCAGAAUAUUACAUAUUACCAAAUACAAGGGAAAUACAAAAUGAAAAAUCCAAUGAAAAGAUGAAAAAUAAAUCGCUAUAUGAAAAAAAUAUAGAAAGUGAAUAUUAUAACAAAAACAGAGAUAACAUUAUAACGCAUCUCAAAAGAAACAACUCGAGUGAUAAGGUGAAAAAUGAAUCAAAAAAUAUCAGUAUAAUAGAAAAGGGGAAGCAUAACGGUUUAAAAUGUUCUGAUAAAAUGCCUGAUUUAUUAAAUGGAUUAAGUAAUGAAAAUAAGUUAAUUAUUAAAAUAAAUAGCAAUGACAUUAACUCAAGUAGAUAUAAUACUUCAAAAGAUGAUAAAAAUUUGAUUUAUGAUGAUCAUACAUCAUCCACGAAUUUGGAAUUUAACAUUAAGAAUCUGAUUACUAGUGUUUCUAAAGAGGAAUGUGAUGAUAGUGAUGAUUAUAAGCAUGAUAAAAGAAGCAAGAACUACUUCAAAACAGAUAGUACAACAAUUAUGGAUAAAUGCAAAGAGAAUGGAAAAAAUACAAAUAAAAGGGAUAGAAGAAAAAAAAUUUCGUUUUAUUUUAUGAAAUUUAGAUAUUUUCGAUAUUUAUUUUUGGAAUAUAAAAAAAAGCAUAAUAAUGUGGUUCCUAUUAACGAGCAUAGACCAAGCAAAAGUUUUAGAAAAAAACAAAAAAAGUUUAAAAAAAUUAGUCUAUUCAACUUAUAUGAAAGGAGAAAGAUAUUGCAAACUUGUACGAAUAGUAAUUGUAUGGAUAUAAAUAAGGAACGUUGUGAUUUAGAUGAAUUUUUAUUGGGUGAACAAAAGGGAAAAGAUAAAGGAAGAAAAACUGUUGUUCUCGAUUUAGACGAGACACUUAUUCACAGUAGUCUACGAAAUGACAAAGGAAAUUCUUUUAGAAUUAAUAUUGAACUUGGUAACGAAAAGUGCUUCAUUUACGUGAAUAAAAGACCAGGUGUAGACUAUUUCUUUCAAGAGAUAUCGAAGUAUUACGAGAUAGUAAUUUUUACGGCGAGUAUGUCAAAGUAUGCAAAUGCAGUUAUUGAUAAAUUAGAUGUCAAUAGAGUUUGCUCUUAUCGAUUAUUUAGAGAAUCUUGCACACUUUGGAAUAAUAACUAUGUAAAGGAUAUACGGUUGCUUGGGAGGGAUUUAAAGAAUGUUAUUAUCAUUGAUAAUUCCACAUAUGUUCAAAAAUUUUGCGCAGAUAAUUGUUUCUUAAUAAAAAGCUGGUUUGAUGAUCCCAAGGAUACAGAGUUAUACAAAUUAAUACCCUUUCUAAAAGGAAUAUCAAACAAGGUAUCAAUUAUAAAAGAAUUGAAGGCAUAUAAAAAAUUGGAAAAGAAAAAAAAAAAUGCUAUUAAAAAUAUUAAAAAUAAAUUAUAG